GUUUUUUUAAAUCAUCGAAUGUGCAUUUUGUUCGGUCAUUCACUUUCAUUGUAUGAUCAUGAUGCCUCUUUCAAUAAGAUUGUUAUCAAAACGUGUCAAAUCUAUGUCCAAAAUUAAAUUGAUUUCACAUUAAAUCUGGUGUUGUCAGGUGAUUAACAUCUAAAAACAGAUCAUCAUUGUCUCAAUCAAAUCGACUUAAAUGAAACAGCUGUUAGACAACGAUACCUGUGCUCAACAUUUUUUAGAUAUAAAUUUAUAUUCUUGAGUUUCCAACAAUUGAGUUUAUCUUUAAAAAAAAUAUAUUUUCGAAUUUUGAGCUAAUUUUUAAUCUACGCAAAAUAUCAAUUGGUAAUCACCAACAUUUGUUGUGGAAGAAGUGAACAUAAACCUAUACACAUAUAAAUUGUGAAUUUGAUAAUAAACCAUUCACCAAGUAAUCAAUGAUUGUAUAGAUUUUGCUUUGUCAUAAUAAAAUGACAAAAAUUUGGAGUUGAUAAUAUUUUCUGAAAGUUUCUGUUCCUCUUAUAAAUGGAUAUGUCUUCUGAUGACGAAAGCCAACGGCUUACGAAAAUGAAUAAGAUCACCAUAGAAAAUUCUUCGUGCAAUCCUCCAGCUGUGGCAAAUGAAACACAGCAUCUGAGUAAAAUGGAAGAACGUCAAAGUUUAUUAGAACAAACGGCUGCAUCAGUACGAUUACCGAUCAGUGGUAUGACAUGUCAGUCGUGUGUUCGUAACAUUGAAGGAAAUAUUCGGACAAAGCCCGGAGUAAUUACGAUCAGAGUAAAUCUUCAGGAAAAAGCUGGUUACAUUGAGUACGAUCCACAAAUUACCGAUCCCAAACAAAUUGCAUCGGAAAUCGAUGAUAUGGGCUUCGAUUGUGAAUAUUCACCAGAUGAUGAUGAUGAAAUUGCAGCCAGAGUUGUAGAAAUAAACAAAACAAAAGUGCUUAGCACUUGUAUUGCAAUCGAAGGCAUGAAAUGUCAAAGUUGUGUCAAAAACAUAGAAAGCAACAUUGGGUCAAAAUUAGGAAUUAAACACAUCAAAGUAAAUCUAGAAGAAAAAAUCGCCAACGUUGAAUAUGACAGUGAUGUAUGCAAUGAUCAAUCCAUAGCUGAAAUGAUUGUUGAUAUGGGAUUCACAGCCACUCUUACUACAGAUAUUGACAAGAAACCCAAAAAGACUGACUUAUUUUGCAGCAAAAAUGAUUUUAACGGUCGAAAAUCAGUUUCAGAAACGUUAGUCUUCUUAGGCACAAACGAUGUUGACUUAGAAAAUAAUCGCACCAAUUUGCUUGAUAACAACUUGAAAAAAUGUUUUCUUCACAUACAGGGAAUGACAUGUGCCAGUUGUGUAGCUGCAAUUGAAAAGCACUGUAAGAAAAUUCAUGGUGUCGAUAGUAUUUUGGUUGCUUUAUUAGCUGCCAGCGCUGAAGUGAAAUACAAUCCAAACGAGAUUUCAGCAAAAGAUAUAGCCAAAUCAAUAACGGAAUUGGGAUUUCCGUCUGAAAUAAUCGACGAACCGGGUACCGGGGAGAGUAGUAUUGAAGUGGAAAUAAAUGGCAUGACUUGUGCGUCAUGUGUGAAUAAAAUUGAAAGUACAGUUAAAAAGUUGCCAGGUGUAACAUACGCCGCUGUAGCACUAACAACGAAACGUGGAAAAUUUCGAUUUUCGGAAACGGGAGCAAGAAAUAUAUGUGAUGCAAUCAAUGCAUUGGGUUUUGAAGCAAAAUUACUUUCAAAUAAAGAUAAAAUGGCUCACAGCUACUUGGAGCACAAAGAAGAAAUACAAAAGUGGAGAAAUGCAUUUUUCAUUUCGCUGGUUUUCGGGGGUCCAUGCAUGAUUGCAAUGGUCUAUUUUAUGUAUGAAAUGGCAGAAAAAGGACAUGAAAAUAUGUGUUGUACAAUUUUACCGGGUUUAUCUUUGGAAAAUCUUAUGAUGUUCGCAUUAUCGACUCCAGUACAAUUUUUUGGUGGUUGGCAUUUUUAUGUACAGGCCUAUAAAGCUGUUAAACAUGGUUCAACAAAUAUGGAUGUUUUAAUUACAAUGGCCACGAUUAUAAGUUAUUUGUAUUCAGUAAUUGUUCUGGCUUGGGCAAUGAUAUUUCAGCACAAACUAUCACCCAUCACAUUUUUCGACACACCGCCGAUGUUACUUAUUUUCAUAUCAUUGGGUCGUUGGCUCGAACACAUUGCCAAAGGAAAAACAUCAGAGGCCCUAUCAAAACUUUUAUCACUUAAAGCGAUUGAUGCAAUUUUGGUCACAAUUUCAGAUACAUUUGAAAUUUUAACGGAAAAAACGAUUUCAGUGGAUUAUGUUCAACGUGGUGAUAUUUUGAAAGUAAUGCCUGGAAGCAAAGUACCCGUCGAUGGUAAAGUUAUUUUUGGUUAUUCCACGUGUGAUGAAAGUUUGAUUACCGGUGAAUCGAUGCCAGUGCAUAAGAAAAAAGGAUCUGUUUUAAUCGGUGGUUCAGUUAAUCAAAACGGACUGAUUUUAAUGGUUGCUACGCACACAGGUGAAAAUACAACGCUCGCACAAAUCGUUAAACUUGUCGAAGAAGCACAAACAUCAAAAGCACCAAUUCAGCAACUAGCUGAUAAAAUUGCCGGUUAUUUUGUACCAUUUGUAAUAAGCGUUUCAUUAAUAACAUUAUUUGCUUGGAUUAUUCUUGGAUGGCUUGACAUAAAACAUUUACCAAUGACAAUGGCUGAACAGCAUGGUUUAGAUAACAUUGAAAUAAUUGUUAGUUAUGCUUUUCGAUGUGCAAUAAGCGUUUUGGCCAUUGCUUGCCCGUGCGCUUUGGGUUUGGCCACACCAACCGCAGUUAUGGUUGCCACCGGAGUUGGUGCACUUCAUGGAGUUUUAGUUAAAGGUGCUGGUCCACUUGAAAACGCACAUAAAGUCAAAGUGUGCGUUUUUGAUAAAACUGGUACAAUAACACAUGGCAUUCCAAUGGUAUCUCGCAUUACCAUGUUUGUGAAGCCAACAAUUUGUUCAUUGCCACGUGUUCUCGUUGCACUGGGUGCUGCCGAAUCAAAUAGUGAACAUCCAAUCGCAAGCGCCGUUGUGAAAAUGUGCAAAGAAAUGCUCGAAAUAGAUUUGUUUGGUCGUAGUAGCGAUUUUCAAUCCGUUCCAGGAUGUGGCAUUAAAGUAACGAUUUCAAACAUCGAAAAUAUACUGAAAACUGCUGAAAAAACCGAUAAAAUUAUCAACUAUUAUAAUUCAUACAAUGGAAGUGCUCAGAACAGUAUAAUAAUGGUUGAUGGAAUUUCAUUUGAAGAAGUUAUCCCACCAUUGAAUCAAUCACAGAAAAACACAAUAGAAUUACAACAAUUGUUACAGUUGGAUGAAGAAAUUUCCAGAGCUAAGAGAGAGGCAUUCGAUGAUGUGAAUGAAUUGCCAGUGCUUAUUGGAAACCGCGAAUGGAUGCAUCGCAAUGGAAUUUUGGUGCCGCCGGAAGUACAUAUGAAAAUGAGUGACGAAGAAUCGAUGGGCAAUACUGUAGUACUUUGUGCAAUGAAUAAUCAACUAAUUUGUAUGGUGUCUGUUUCUGAUAUGGUAAAACCAGAAGCCCAUCUUGCAGUUUUUACACUUCGAAAAAUGGGAAUUGAAGUUAUUUUGCUAACUGGUGAUAAUAAGAACACAGCUGCAAGUAUAGCUCGACAAGUUGGUAUCAAACGUGUAUUUGCUGAAGUGCUUCCAUCGCAUAAAGUGGCCAAGAUACAACGCAUACAAGAGACAGGUGUAAGAGUUGCAAUGGUUGGCGACGGUGUCAAUGAUAGUCCUGCUUUGGCGCAAGCUGAUGUUGGUAUUGCCAUUGCUGCCGGAACAGAUGUUGCCGCUGAAGCGGCUGAUGUGGUCUUAAUGAGGAAUGACUUAUUGGAUGUCGUAGCAUGUUUGGAUCUAUCAAAACGAACGGUGCGUCGGAUAAGAUUGAAUUUUUUCUUCGCCAGUAUGUACAAUUUAUUGGGGAUUCCAUUAGCGGCGGGUGCUUUCAGUCAUUUUGGUUUGGUACUGCAGCCCUGGAUGGCAUCGGCAGCAAUGGCUGCCAGUUCUGUGUCAGUUGUAUGUUCAUCGCUACUAUUAAAAUUGUAUAAAAAGCCAACAAUGGCUUCGCUUCAAACACCAGAAUAUCUCAGGGAGUUGCAUUUAGGUGGAUCACUUGAUUUGGAUAAUAUUUCAAUACACCGCGGUCCAGACGAUAUUCCACGGCCCAACUUCAACAACUCAAAUAGUUCAACCCUUUCAAAAUUGUUUAUGUCUUCAAAGAAUGGUUUACAUCAAUCACCAUUGCUGACCAAUGAUGAUGAAGAUUCGUCGACAACUGUCCCACUCACCAGAUAUGAAUAUGGAAAACAAUUGCACCAUGAUAUUACUGAAACUCAAAAGCUUUGAUAGUUUAGACAAACUCAUCACAUCAAAUUAAAUAUAUAUUUCAAAGUUUUCCAUAACAUACAUCCAUAUAUAGAUAUAUGGUUUGAUUGUUUGGUAAUAUUGAUAUUAAAUGUCUUCAAUAUGAUGCCAAUUUUUAAAAAAAAUGAUUUUUUUUUAAUUUAAUGAUAUGAUUUUAUUUCAAUCCUGUUAUUUUCAAUAAGAAAUAUUUUUGAAUAUCAUGAAACACAAAAUUGUAGAUAAAUACAUUUUGAAGUGACUUAUGAUCCCGUUUAUAUGUGAAAUUGUGAUAAAGCAAAUGUGAAUAAAUAAUUGAACACAUUUAAUCAUUUUUA